UGGCUGGGACCGGCUGCCUGAGCAGAGUGGGGGCAGGGAGAGGGAGGUUUGGAAAGCGGCAGCAGUCAGGAGCACGGCCCAGUUCUGCCUACUUUGAAAUAGAAGGCGCCACGGCUUGGAAGCACAUCCACACUGGCUGCCAGGAAGUGAGAGAGACAGAGCCGACAUCACUUCUGUGACAUGUUUCCCUCUCCGACACUGAGGUUCUCUGGGACAUGUAGUUCUUCUCUGUGCUCCAGAUGAUGUUAUGAUGUGAAAUACCAAUAGAAAAAAAUACAAAACCACAACAGUAUGGCAGCCCAAAAAGAUUCCCUUGUGGAAGAAGGGGGAGGGUGAAGGAGGCCGAGGGCCAUUUUCUCAGGGCUGGCUCCUCUGUGCCCUCUUGCUGGCCGGAGAGAAGGGCUGCCCGCUGGGCACAGGGAGCACCUUGUAGCUCCCGUACCAUGCCCUGCCCUCCAGCCCCCUCCUCAACCUAUGCAGACUGUCAGAUCCAGCAUUUUGGAACCCUUACCACGUCACCUUGGUCACCAUUGCUGCGCGCAACGCAGUCGCCUCUGAGAGCUAUGUUAGAUAACAGCCAUGUCCGCAGCGAAGAGGGUGAGGGUGGAAGUUUGCCCAGUUUCAGGCGGGAGGAUGGAGCUGGGGGCCCUAGGAGAGAGAAGGAGGAGGAGGCCCGCCAUGACCAUCAGGCAGAGGAGGGGUAAGAGAGCCAUUUUCCAUCAUGCCUGGACCGGCCCCGUGACCACCACCCAUGUGGAGCCCAUGGAGGUGGAUCCGCCCGCGGCAUAGCUGGCCUGGCACCACACCACCGUGCCAGGCCCUGCGUUGGCACCAUCACAGCUCCACCGUGGCUGGUCCAGGCACUGAGCUCCUUACCCGCUGUGCGGCCCCCGCCCCCGGCAUUAGCUGGGUGGCAUUUUUUGUAACAUCUGCUCCUCCUUCGGGCUUCUUCUGCAGCCACGUCCUGUGGGCCCCCAGUCCCAUCUUUACCCUGUAUGUCCCAGUCCCCGUUUGUCUUGUUGGUUUAGGCGUGGGUUCCUACCAGCAGCUGGCAGCAAACAGUGCUUGCUCAGUAAGCACACGUCCGCUUUCUCCCCUGGAGCCGUGAGUGCGACUGCCAUGAGAGCGGAGGUCUGAUGCUAUCUGCGAGGGAUGGGAUUUGCAUCCGGUGGCUUUUCCGUUGCAGAAUGUCCAGCAGCAGAGCGUGAGUGGCCAUGAAAUGAAGCUGGGCCUCAGGAGAGCCGUCUGGAGCUGCGUCACGAGCUUCGUGCCCUACAGUAAGCGUGAACUGAAGCAGUGUUGGUUAAGCACGGCUCACUCCUCUGUCUGCAACAGAUGGGCUUUCUGCACGUUUUAUUGCUGUGGCUGACGCUGAACAGCACAGCAGCAGCGAGGCCUCAAGCAUGUCCACAACCAGGUACGUGAACGUGAGUAACUUUAGCUGUGUGAAUGAUGUUAUUGUUCAUAUUAGUAAGGCAGUAGUCAUGCAUGUGUGAUGGAGCUCAGGGAUAGGUUUAUUCUUGUUUGUUAAGCUCUUCCCUUAUUUGACGUCCACCCGUCCUCUCUUGCUUCUCUUCCCCCCACCUGCAAGUGCAGCAGUACUGAAGGCUGAGGGCUCUUUUCCUAGGCAGGUGCUAAAGGGCAACUGAAAUGCAAGUUUGAUGUCUCUCUUUGUUCUCGGGUCGGUAGCCCAAGGUGACCAAGCUUCAGAGUACUUCUCUAAGUCAGCCUGGAAAUGUUUCAAGCAGGAAGUAACACCAUCACAGUGUCUGAGAGUGAUGAUGCCUCUUUUUCCCCCCUCACAGCAGGCAGCCUACUUGAGAGCAGUAAAGCAGUAGGCUGUCUGCGCUAUGGCUGCUGAACUGCAUUUCUCACCACCUGAGAUCCCUGAGCCCACGAUAUUGGAGAACAUGCUGCGCUACGGACUCUUGUUUGGAGCCCUUUUCCAGCUCCUGUGUGUGCUGGCCAUCAUCCUGCCAGCUUUCAAGUCCCCAAAGGCAGACUUUGGAGAGUUUGGGGACUGAGACUUGGGAGAGAAUGAAGAAAGCCGACGCAAGGCAAGCGCUGCUCAGCUGAGGAAGAAAGCCGAGAAGGAAAGCAGAAAGCAACGAUGAGGGCUUGAGCAAGAAGCUACAAAGGACAGCAGAACCACCUGCAACGCUUCCUCGGAGGUGGCACCAAGAGCUGCUGACUCAACAGUCCGGUUUUCCGGCACGGCCGUGCUUUCCCUGUCAUGGAACUAAGGAAGCUGGAAGGGAAGGGCUUCCAAUGCAUUAGCAGCAAAGAGGACUUCACCUAUUUGGGACUUGAUAUAUGGCAAGAGCUGAAGACACUGCAUUCCUUUAGGGUCUGUCUCUUCAGGGCCAGGGACGGUCUAGUGUUAGCCUGAAAUAUGGCUAGAAGGGUCUGGAGAGAGGUGGUGUCGUAGCCCCGGGGUUUGGCUUCUCCUUGGGUCUGACUGGAGGCUGAGUGACUGAUUGCUAAGCGGCAAUCCUGGGCACUGGGGUUUCAUUUUGGGGUGUGGGCGGGGUAAUAAAUAGAAGCCAAAUCCUUUUGUACACAAUAAAAGUGAAGCGAACUUUGUAAAA